AUGAUAUUUCCGGGCCUGCUCACCUUUUCCGGGUGUUGCUCCAAUGUGGUCUCGAUGGAACUGAUAUCGCAGUUGAACCCGGUCCCCACCCAUUUGGUCACCGCGCUUCAGUACCUUUCGAUCUCCCUGCUGGUGGCCCCCUUCGUCCCCUAUUCCAACAACCCGCCUCCUAGGUUAUCGUACCUGCUUACCACCACUUUGUUUUUCCUUUCUGCAAUAGGAAACAACCUUGCAUUCAAGUACGGCAUGACUGUCCCUGUCCACAUUGUUGUGCGUUCGUCGUCAACACCAUUGACCGUUCUUGUGGGGACCUGGUUAUUUGGUAGACGAUAUUCGGCUUAUCAAAUAAUCGGAGCUACCGUGCUAUCGAUCGGCAUAACGAUAACAACUUUGGCCGGCUCAAAUAACUCCGCUUCUGAAGGACUGGCUUUCAUGGGAAUAGCCAUUGUGGUGUCUUCGACGUUGCUGGGCGUGCUGGUGUCGUUCUGGAAUAACAAGAUCCUCAACACGUAUAACCUCAACUGGAUCCAAACGUUGUUCUAUUCUCAUUUUUAUGGUAUUCCCUCGUUGCUAUUAUUCUUCGGUAGCAUAGCAAGGGACCUGGAGUUAUACCGGCACUCGACUAAGUUUUGGAAUUUUACAGCCGUCAACACUAUAACCCAGUUGGCCUGCGUCACGGGGGUUAACAUGCUGGCUCAGAAGACGGACCCACUUACAUUGGGAGUGAUCCUUCUAAUCCGCCGAUUCAUGUCCCUCGCUAUAUCGAUUGUCAUGUUCAAGCAUAACCUGAGCGCUAUGGGUUAUCUAGGGAUGACUACAGCCUCUCUGGGAGCUAUAAUUUACCAACUUCAUAAUCGACGUAGCAUCUUCAACCAAUUGCUCCACCUUCGAAAUGGCUCGUCCAUGAAUAAGCGGGCCGUGAGUGACUGUUGGGUCCAAUCCGGGACCAAGACGGGUGUUUGUAUCGAGGGCUUUGGACAAUUUGAACAGAAACUCGUUUUGACCACUCCGUCUGGCACACCGGCCUCGACCCCCAAAACCGCCAUGGCCAUUGCAGACAAUGGGGUCUCUGCUGCCGGCUUCACCACGGCUGUGCACCCUGCCGCCAGCGCUGCUGCCAAUUUCCUCGAGAUCAUGGCAAGAGGGAAAUUCCAGGGAGUGAUGAUCCCCACCGGCCCCACCGGCUGCCAUUGGGUGUACAUCCGAUUUGACGGCGUGGCAGAGCUGAUAGUCUCUCCGUACUGUCUGACGGCCUCCUCGGAGAACCAUUUGAAGAAACUGGCCGCAUAG